AUGGCCUCCCCUGCGGACACAAAUGGCGCCUCUCCUUCGCACACGAAACGUCCACUGCAGCGAAACUCCUCCAAGCUUGGUCGUUCUUUGAGUUAUAUCUCGUCCGCUCUGAGCCUCGGAUCGUCCAGCAACAUGUCGAGCACCCGCAGACGUGCGAACACGAAGCUCACGCCUUUCGAGCGAUUCAUGCAACUCGGGAGGAGGAACAGUGACGGGACUACCCAGUUUCCUCCCCCGCAUUGGACUGAUUCCGCAGAUGCUGCAUCUUCGAGCACGUCGCAGGCAGAUGCACCAGCGGUGGAAGGUAACAUCGGUGUUGCUACAGAUGCGCCAGUGCGGUCAGGGUCGCCGGAAACCAUCCUCAUAGAGCGCGAGGACCUCCUUGCCACCCCCACAACCGCUGAGCCCCAAGCGGUUGCGGAUGUACCUGAGGAGUCCCCAGAAGCUGAAGGAGAAGACGGGCAUGCAGACUCAGAGCCUGCCCCGGAGCCCUCAUACCUCGCACGCAAGAUUCAAGCGCUACUCGCGACCCUACCUAUUCCGUCCCAGCCGCAGACACCAGCCGUGGAGACUGUACCAUCCAGCCAGGCGGAUCCCGCGCAUCUGCCAAAGCUCCCGCUGCCUGCCUGGAUCGCAGAUUCACGACUCAUGUCGUACAUAACCUCGCCACAGGUCAUGAACGGCUCCGCGGCGAAGGACCGCGCGAGCGUAUGGGACAUGCUGGAUCGGCUGAAGUCCACAACGGGUAUGUCGAGGUCUACGUCAUCCGCAGACAAGGGCAAGGCACCUGCGGGACCAGCAGACGGAGUGGCCUCUGCACCUCCACCCGACGACAGCUCGGAGGUCGAGAUUGCACGCUCGGAGGUGAUUUCCAUGUUCAGCGACCAGACGACCAUACAUGAGCACGAGCCGGAGACGAAGGAGGAGAAAACACUACGAGAGCGUCUGGCGCAUAUGUGGCCGGCGGAUGGGAUGCGGAUCGGUGGGCAUAGACUUCCGACGGAGCAGCCUACGGAGAGGAGGAUAUGGGUGCCGUCGAAGGACAAGAUCUCGUUGGAGAUUCGGUGGUGGGGAUAUAGAAUUUACUUACCGCCGCCGGUUUUGGGUGUUCUGGACAACAAACGUAUGGAAAGUACCAAGCGCGCUGCACUAUUGACAACCGCUCUCAAGUGGCUCCUGGAUCACAUACCAAUGGCAGCUAUCCCCAUCCAGAUGCGACCUGCCAUGCCACUGUUUAAGCGCAUCAUUCCGUACAUGGGCUAUAUCGGCGCGUUCGUCGCGUGGAGUUGGGAUGCGAUCAGAGCAUUCGACAAGGGAAACGGCGUGACUCUCACCGCCACUUGGCUACUCACCUUUGCUCUCGUCCCCGGAACCUGGGACGACGAUAUGUUCCCGGAGGUGGCGCCACCAGCCCCUGCUUCGGGCAACCCUCCCAUUGGCACCCCGGGGGCCACAAGCCAGAAGGCAUGA